AUGGGUGGCAACUAUGUGACCGAGAUCUCUGUGAGGGCGACGGGCAUCACGAUGAUCGUGUUGACCACCUUCGUCGCCGCCUUCCGCAUCUUUGUGUCAGUCGAGCAACAACGGAAGUUCAGUUGGGACGACGGCUGGCUUCUGGCGGCCUAUAUCUUCUUCUUGGCGCUUUCGAUCCUGUACAUCGUUGCAGCGCCUACCAUGUUUAGGCUCACAAAGCUUGCUAACGGGGAGAUACCAUUGUACCCGACGGUGGCCGAUGAUGGGCUCUUUAUCCAGAAGAUAUUCUUCGUUACCACCUCGGGCCUGUGGCUCUGCCUGUGGAGUGUCAAGUUCUCCUUGAUGGCCGUCUACAAAAAGCUGAUGACGGCCUUGCCAAAAAAGCUCCGAUUGUGGUGGGCUGUGGUCGUCUUCUGCCUGGUGGUUCUGGCGGGUGCCAUCACCUCCUCAAUGCUGUCCUGUUCGAGCAUGAAGGCGUGGUUUACAGCUGGGGCUUGCUCAACCCCUCGCGAUGUCAAAGCUGCAAGUAUCAGCCUCUGGUACGCUUAUGCAGUUGACAUCCUCACCGAUCUCAUGAUAAUGCUCCUACCUCUCGAUCUCAUCUGGAACUUGAAGAUGCCUCGGACACAGAAGAUGAGCAUUGGUGCCCUCUUCUGCCUUGGAUUUGUUUGCAUUGCGGUAGCAACAAUUCGAGUCAAGGAGCUUGGAAGCACGGUCAACAACAGCCAACCCAGCACUACCUGGCUAGCGUUAUGGGGCAUCGUUGAGUCCUCUAUAGCUGUCUUGAUUGGCUGUGGGCCGGGCCUUUACCGUAAGGCCAGAGCGGUCUAUCAAACUCGUCACGGAUCGACUCCUUCUCGCGGCUAUGCACGAUAUGCCAACAGCACUUCCGCCAGAGCCCAGUCACAGAACAUUGCCCUCGAAACUUACCAGUCGAGGAAAUCUCGUACGAACAUCACAUCAAAAAUCAACGACGCUGCCAGCAGUCAAGAAGAGUUGGCAAAUACAAACCUCGAGCCCGGUAUCGGUGACACCAAAAUGGCGACUGAGAGCAUCAGAGAGCGGGAUGUGGAUUCGGUACGCCACUGGGAUGACAGACCUCAUGCAUAUUAA